AUGUUGUGGUCAAACUUGGUUGUUGGUUCCAUUGAAAAGAUUAAGUCAGAGGUUGUCCGAAAAGUUGGCGAAAAAGCAGCAGGAGCUGAGAAGAUGCUUCCUGUUAUUCUGGAUUCUGUCCAUUUUAAAGGUGGAACAUUAUUGUUGCUUGCAUAUGGGGACAAUGAGCCCAGGUUAAAACUAAAUGCUGGUCUAGUCCCGAGUUUUUCCAUUUCAUAUGAAUUGAAUGAUGUAAAUAUUAAUAAGAUGUUUCCAAGAGGAUGCACGUAUCGUUACCCGGGUCACAAUGCACCGGAUUCAAAUCUCAAGGAUGGCAUGUUUCCUCGGUAUGAAGGUGCAGCAAUGGGCCAGCCAAUGCCAAUUACAACUUUGGCUUCUUCCCUUGCUAAUGCCCCUCCUGAACAGCAAAGGACAAUGUUGGGUGAGAGUUUGUAUCCACUGGUGGAUCAGUUGGAACCUGAGAAUGCUGCUAAAGUAACAGGAAUGCUUUUGGAGAUGGACCAAAUAGAAGUGUUACAUUUGCUGGAGUCACCAGAUGCUUUGAAAGCAAAGUCUAGACAAAAGGCCCUGGCAGAUCUUCAGCAAAUGCAAAGCACACAUUAUUUUCAAAGUAAUGAAAAAGAUGAAGACGCUUCAGAGGCUGGAAAUGAACUUGUAGGAGUUGUCUCUAAUCAGAAUUUAUUGGAACUUCUGGAGUUAGCAAUGUCAUCAAACACAACUGAAACUGUGAAAAGAGCCAAAGAACUGAUGGAAUUGGGAGUUUACCAUAUGGUCCUCAUGUCUCAAAUGGCUACACUUAUUAUGGACAUUGUUGUUGGAACAUAUCAAGUAAUUGAAGCUAGUACUGACUCAUUGUUUGAUGGUAGAAGCUGUAACCUUCUCAACAACAACAUUCUACUUAAAAAGGUGAGUAAUCAAGAUUAA